AUGUCGACAACAUUUUUCGCCCCCGCUUCAUUUCACCACAUCACCUUCAGCUCUACUUUGUGCUACAGCAUCACUCUCCUCACCAUUCUGCAGCAGCCAGCUACGAUGCAAUUCCUUUCCGUCCUCUUGGCCGCUCUGGCCGCCGCUGGUAGCGCAGCUGCAGCUCCAUCCUUCACUCUGUCCAACGGCUUCCCCAACCCCGACCCUCAAGCCCUUGCUUCCAUCCAAAAGCAAGCCGGUGGCUCUAUCCCCAAUACGCCUUUGCCCACCAAGCUCAAGGCCGACUCUAUUCAAACGCUUCAAGUCAUUGCAACCAACGAGAUCUUCGAGGUCGCCUACUUCUCGAGCUUGCUCAAGAAUGUCACCGACAACGUCGAGGGUUACACCGACUUUGCCGGACAGUCCCGCGAGUACGUCAUUGCCAGCUUGAAGGCUAUCCGCGCUGUGAGUAUUGGUAUAUUGCACCGAGCGUCCCUUUUCCAGAAUUCUGACUCGUCGUUCUCAAUCCUUUUUGCAAACAGCAAGAGGAGCUGCACGCCAUUGGCGCCAACGCGAUCCUGUCCUCCGCUGGCGCAAAGACGAUCGGAGCUUGCGAGUACAAGUUCCCAGUAAGCGACUUCAAGUCGGCCAUUGUGCUCGCCAACACCUUCACCGACCUGGUUGUGGGUGCUCUGCAAGGAGCUUCCAAGACUUUUGCCGUCGACGGUGGACAGUCAGCCGAGGGUCUCGUCAGCCUGCUCGGUUCCAUCAUCGGACAGGAGGGUCAGCAAGAUGGAGCGUACAGGCUCAUUCAGAAGAAGGUGCCCUCUUCCAGCCCUUUCUUGACCGCUGCUAGCGGUGCGUUGGCCUUCAACGCCGUUGCGCAAAUGUUCAUCGUGCCCGACUCUUGCGGACCCAACUCCAACGUCUCGUCCAUCGGUGUUCCCAGCUUCGACAAGCUCUCGCUCGCAAAGGGUGUUCAGCCAAGCAGCAGCUCCACCUCGCUCAAGUUCACCACCAACACCAAGAAGGAUCUCAACGGUGCUCACUUGGCCUACAUCAGCGGCCAAAACAAGCCAGUCGUCGUUGCUGUCAAGAAUGUCAACAAGCAAGGCUCUUCCACCACCUUUGAGGCUAGCUUCCCCUUCGAGAAGAAGAACUUCAGCAACGGCCUCACCGUCGCUGCAUUGGUCAAGAACAACGGUCCCUUCGCCGAUUCCGCCGCGGUCACCAACAGCACCUUCGCUGGACCUGGCCUCAUCGUGAUCGACUAA